UCGAUAUGAACAUUUUUGAGAUCGUAUUUCUAUAUUAUCUACGAUUUGCAAUGUAGUACAAUUAUUAUUGCUUAAAUUAUUAAAUUAAGAACUCAAAAAAGCCUGUAGCGAUUUAAUUAAAUUUGCUUCAAGAAGGGCCAAGCCAGACCUGUCGAUCAAUUCUAUUUUUAAUUCAAUGGAAUUCCUUUCCCGUAUCAAACCCCCCUCCCCAUAAUCUUAAAUACGCAAAACAACAUGCGCAAGUCAAACAGUCGAUAUAAUCUAAAAUUAACUUUCAUCGUAAUCUAAAAUUAGUUAUCGUAGAAAUAAAUUUUAAAAAACCGUAAUAGUAGAUUUAUUUAGAAUUUCUAGGGGUAUCAAUUAAUUGAAAAGGGAAUUUAUUACGACCCUUAGGUCCUAGGUAUAAUUUUCGAUUCAGGUAAAAAUUACAAUACCUAACGCAAGCGCUCUAGACUGUCUAGACUAGCAUCUGCGACCCAUGCCCACUCUGAGGCACAAAACGCAACACAGUUUGGCCGAGAAGUAAAUUUUCGUGUUAUUUUUUUUCUAAUUUUACGUAUCCAAACAAAAGUCGUGAUUGAAUCAUUCCGGUUAUAUUUUUUGUUAUGGUUAUUUGUUUCUAUUUUUUAAUCGAUUUUUGAACACUGCAAUAAAGAAAAAUGGUAUGUAGUGCGUGGUCACAGUGCCGUCGCCAUUUUCGAUUUAUUCAACCUUUAAUUUUCCGCUAGGACCUACGGCACAAUUUAUUUUUAAAAAAUCGCUUAUUGAAUUUGUUGUUUGUAUAAAUUUUUGACAAUUUAAUAUGGGAUCGCGAGAAUAUUCUCCUAGAGGAAGAAGUAUGAGUAUUUCUCCUGAACCGUACAGCAAGAGAGAUUCUCCAAAUUAUAGGAGUAGAUCUGGAUCCCGAUCUCCAAACUACAGAAGACGUAAUGGUUAUCAUAAAAAGUCACAUCAUCAUGAUUAUACCGAAAGAAGAGAAAGUGACUAUGAAAGUGAUUGGGAGUCCUAUCGCGAAAGGGAUGCCUAUGAAGGAGAUAGAGAGAAGAAGCGGUCACACAGUCCCGAUUACCGGGAGAGAGAAAGACGUCACUACCGUAGGGACAGGGAUCAUCGCAGACGUAGGUCUAGGAGUGGCAGUUCACGUUGGGAGAGAAAAUCUGAAGACAGAAAACGUGACAGGGAUCGAUAUAGGGACGAUGAUAGGGACAGUGAUAGCUCUUAUGAUUUUGACAGUGAACGAAGCCCUGGAAGUGCACCACUUGGAGCUAGCGGAGCUGAAAUAAUUGGUUACAAAAGUCAGCCGCCAAAUAAUACCAUUAUGAUUAGAGGACUUGCUCAGCACAUUACCGAAUAUGACAUAAGACAGGACAUCAUAUCCUGUGAAUUGAUGCCAAAGGAUAUUCGGCUGAUCAGGAAAAAAGACACAGGUGCUUCCCGCGGUUUCGCCUUUGUCGAGUUUGCCACUCUGGGUGAGGCUGUUCGAUGGAUGGAGAUUAAACAGGGGGUGUUAAUGCUUCAAGACCAAUAUCGUGCUAUAAUGCAAUAUAGCAUACCAAAGGAUCUGGGUUCUUCUGACAAACCACCUUCCUAUAAGGCAUCAGCUGAUUGGUUCUGUAUAAAGUGUGGGGCUCAAAAUUUUAAGAGAAGAGACAAUUGUUUCAAAUGUCAUGCUUCUCGAACAGAGAGUGAAGAAGGAGGUAGUGGAAGUGACGAAAUUUGUAACUAUGCCACAAAGACAAUUAUGAUGAGAAAUUUGGACGCUUUGACAACAGAGGACUCGGUUAUGUCUGCUCUUAGUACAGCUAUUCCUGAUUUAGUAAAAAGUAUUUCAGCUGUAUGCAUCGGAAGAGAUCCUUUAACUUCUACAUCUAGGGGACUAUGUUAUCUUGGAACAGAGAGUACUAUAGAUGCUCUGGCAAUUUUUGGUUCGCUUAAUAACCUUAAAACACCAUUAAAUAUUGAUGGAAAAACUGUGAUAUUAUCUUACUGUAAAUAUAAUAUGGGCGAUACAAAAAAGGCCUAUUCACAAGCAGAUCAUGAAGCUUUCCCAAAUGCCGCGGUUCCUAGCACUUAUGCUAUGACGGACGUUGAUAGCUUGGCAGAAUAUGCUGCUAGGCGGUACGCUAAAACACCUCAAGAGUACAUGUCUUAUAUUGAAUAUUAUAGGAAUUUUUUCAGUCAGCAAAUUAGUGCAGGUAAUUCCAUCACACUUCAAGAAAACCAAAUGGAUGCUGCCAAUGCCGCUGCAGCCGUAGCUCAAUCUGCCAUUCAGCAACUAGCUGCUAACAAAACUACUCCUACUUACUAUGAGCAAGUUCCCCCUUCUGGUACUGAUUGCAAGAAGUAUCCUGUUCCUGAUGUGUCUCGUUACGUAUAUGACAAAUCAACUGGUUAUCAAUACUGUUCAACAACGGGACUUUACUAUGACCCAAACUCUACUUAUUAUUGGAAUAGCCAGAUACAAAAAUGGUUGUAUUGGGAUCACGAUAAGCAUACUUACAGUUUAGCUCCAAUGUAUGAUUCUUCUCAGAAUCCUCAAUCUUAUCCAGAGGCUGGACCCACUCAAGAGCCUGAUAAUAAGAAACAAAAAAUAGAAAAACAAGAUAAAGUCAAAGUUGCUAAAAAAAUUGCAAAAGACAUGGAACGGUGGGCGAAAACUCUUAACCAAAAGAAGGAUAAUUCUUUCUAUAAAGCAGCAGCUGAUUAUAACACUAGUUCUAGUAGUGCAUCAGCCGACAUUGGAUUUUCUGUGCUUGAGAAGAAAACAUUAGUACCACCCUUGCCUUCUUCAGCGCCAUAUUUUACACAAGAAGUUGAAGAACCCAGCACAUCUGCAGCUGCAGCCCCAUCUUCAUCAUCGGGAACACCACUAGUCGCCGCUUAUGGAGGCGAAAGCGAUUCUUCUGGUGAUGAAGAGGAAGAACUUCUAGAUUACCAAAAAUUAAUUUGCAAUUUGUGUAAACGACAAUUAGGAUCUAUAGAAGCGCUUACCAAGCACGCUAAGCUUUCCGCCCUUCACAAACAAAAUCUCGAUGCGCGCAAUAAGAAAAAAAGCGAGAAAGCAAAUGAUAAAAUCAUAUAUCGCGACAGAGCCAAAGAAAGGAGAAUGAAAUACGGCGAUCCAGAUGCCCCAAAACCCAGCAAAUUAAAAGAGAAAUAUCUGAAAGCUAGGGAUGCCGACAUUCCUCUACCGACAGCAUCCGUUACAGAACCCAUUGGAGCUGAAAAUGUCGGCAAUCGCCUGCUGCAGAAAAUGGGGUGGACAGAAGGACAGGGAUUGGGAAAACAGAAUCAAGGAAGAACUACUAUUAUUCAGGCUGAGCAACACAGUAGCACUGUGGGACUAGGAAACAAGCUGCCGGGUUAUACGGCAUUGGCUGGCGAGUCGUACAAAGAUUGCGUGAAGAAGAUGAUGUAUGCUCGGUACCAGGAACUAACAGAUAAAGAAAACAGUAAUUAGUUCUUAAUGCUGCGUUCAUUUUUAAUUUGUAAUGAUAAAUUUACCGCCAUUAAGUUUGCACCUCGAAAGCUGUUGUCAAUUUUAUUUUAAUGAAACUAUACCAGUUAUAGUUAGGAUGAAUACGAAAUUACAUAUUAAAUUUAGUAAAAACAUUAUACUUACUGUUUAGGUAGAUUAUGCGUAAUAUUUGCUGUGGUGCAGAUUUUGUGGCGUCUUUUGUAAAGCUGUAGAGUUAAGUGCCAAGUCCUUUGUAUAGUAUUUUUUUUUUCUGAUUAGGUUUUAUUUUUAAUAUUGUUUCAUUUUAUACUCAG